AACUGAAAAUCUUGUGAAUAUUUUCAUUACCUGUGAAAUUGUGAGACAAAUAGAUAGCUCUGAUUGAGCUUGAAACAACUUUAAUUCACCACACUCAUACUUUGCUCUUUUUGUGGCAGAUUCUGCUGAGAAUGAAAAUGAAAAUAAUGAUGUUUGUAGAUAUUUACUGGCUGCUGGUGUUAUUCUCCACAGCAUCUUUUAGUAAUGGGAAUUAUUUUGAUAGAGGAGGUAAUUUCAGUCAUCACCAAUCAUCUGUAAAUCAGUUCUAUGGUUGUGAAACAUCAGCCUACCCGCCAGAUGAGAGGGAUUGUGUGCCAACUCGCUUGAUCGACUUGACCCUGGAGCCUCGGUUGAGAUGGCGGGAACUUGUGUUGGAGAAGAAAUCUGAACUUGUAGAACUGGUGGGGCAUGUGUACAACCUGACGGAGUUGCUGCUGGGGGAGUCUGCCCUACACUUCCUCCUGCAUAACCUGGGCAAGGUUAUCUCCUCUCUGCCUCUAACAUACCAGCAAGAACUUGAAGGCAUUGCUGAUGCAGCUGGCUUGGAGCUUGAGCAGAUCACCUUCUACAAUAUCUUCUACGAGAUCUUCUCCUUCUGUACAUCCAUUGUGAUUCAAGACAAGCACGGCCAGCUGUAUCAUGGACGCAAUCUGGACUUUGGACUCUUCCUGGGGUGGAAUAACGCUACUCAUCAGUGGCGUGUGACGGAACUGCUUCGUCCGCUGGUGGUGCAGCUGGAGUGGCACAACACCACCUCCCUCGUCUACACGUCUGUCUCUUAUGUCGGCUACAUCGGCAUCGUCACCGCGAACAAACCUGAUGCAUUCAGCUUCAGUGUGAACGAACGUUUCUCUUGGGAUGGCGGCUACGUGGGCCUCAUAGAAUGGAUCGUCUUUGGGGACCACAAGCAGCAGUGGCUGACGACGCUGACGCGUGACGUGCUGCUGAUGGCUGGCACCUACGACGAAGCGGUGCAGCAACUCGCGACCCCCAGGCUCCUCGCCCCGGUCUACUUCACCCUCGCCGGCACCCGCCCAGGCCAGGGCUGCAUCAUAACCCGCUACCGGGACGACUACCAGCUCCUGAAUCUUGGUUCUGCAGAUUACCACGCUGACUGGUAUCUGGUGCAGACUAACUACGACCACUGGAAGACCCCGCCAUUCUAUGACGACCGCCGCACCCCCGCCUUCACUUGUCUCGACCGCGGCGUGAACAUGAGUGCGUCGGGUGUUGAGCGCGGCCCUCGGCUUCCCCAAGCGCGUACUGCUGAUAUUCCACGCUCUAUCAAGAAUCUUGAAGCGCCUGGACACGGGGAUUUUGAUAAUACCGAAACCCGAACUUCUAAGAAUGAUUUGUCGAAGUCUGGGCUCGCGGACGUCACUGCUGACACCCAAGUUACCGGAUGUGGCAUACUAAAUUACAUUAUUGAUAAAAAGCGCGAACUGCAGGACGUUAUAUCUUCUUAUUGGUACGCUGGACUCCGUAAAGCGCGGCGCUUGCUCGGUAUCAAAGAAAACGACCAGCAGCCAGCGAUGAAGAAAUCUUCUCCUAAGGCGACACUGGAGACCGUGUAUGAUGACAAUCAGGAGCCAUUAUCGUUACUUUAUAACGUUCUUUCGACUCGUCCUGUGCUCAACAAGCUUACCACCUACACGACGCUCAUGUCGGCCAAGCAAGGCUACAUCAAGACCUGGGUCAGGCAGUGUCCCGACCCAUGUUGGCCGUGGUAAAAGUUACAGGUCAAUGUAACUGGGAGUUUUUCUCCCUUAUAUUGGCUGUGGCAACGUUUCUUCUCACAUCACUGUUCGACCAGCAUACAUGAUCGCUAGACACGCUGCUUGUGGUCAAGGAUAUAAGGUAUACAAAUAUACCAACCACCUAUUCUUAAUUUAAGCGCGGUGACGAAGCAGGAUUUUUAUUUUGAACCGUCGUUUUGACGUUGAAAUUAUUUCAGCGGUAGGUAUAGUAUUUUGUCCUUUUAUCAGUAUAUAGAUGUUGUCAUGACGUUAAGUAUCGGUCAACUUUCUGUAUAAGCCUGGCUAAUCUCAUGUACUUAUUCCAAUACCUUCACAUUUUACUGUUGAAUUGGAUGGGCUUCCCAGAAACAACCGCGUUCGAAAUGAAUCUCACCGCUGUUAUGUUUGCCCUAUCUGCUAUGGCGACGCAAGUUACGAGGCCUUAUACAUGAAUAACAUUUAGGGGAAUAAUGUAUCGGUAAACAGAUUAUAUUUUCGCUGUCACGCUAGGUACAUCCUGAUCAGAUGUGCUCGUGGUUGUGAUCAUGAUGUCUUGAUAGCCGAUAAGUUCAUCUAACAUCUUUUGAUAAAUUACGGUAUGUGUGCCAUGUAAUUUGAACAGGUUGUCAACCUCUGCCUCUGGUAGAAUAUUUCCAUGAUGUGGAAUCUCGAAUCUAAACCUUCGUGGUUAGUGUUCAGCUGUUGAUGCUGCUGUGCCACCAAUUGUACGUCAUGUAAAAUUUGCAUUCGCAACUCUCCACAUUCAUGGAGAGUAUUUUCUAAAUGUACGUAUUGCUGUAUAGCAACUGUUUUAUUAUUAAGUUUUGAAACAUAUAACCACUUUUCCAUUUGAACAUUGCUUAAUUUUAAUGUCUCUUGUGCUAGUCAAGGUUCAACGAAAGUCUUCAACUCGAGGCUGAAGCAAAAAUCAAGUUGAGUGAACCCAAGUCUUGAAAUAUAACAUUAAAUGGUGCAUUAGACUGCGGCAUUACUUGCUCUAUUUAUGCUAUAUGUGUGAUGAGAACUGGUGUGAUGAGUGUGGAGCAGAGCCUUCAUUUUCGAGCAUCUGUUUGGUCGAGCGUAUUGCAUACCUGCAUCGCAAUGCAGUGAUAGAACAAUGCAACUGUUGAGCAAUAAAACGCAACUUCGAAGCAGUUAGGUUAAUAAGAAUAAUUGCUGCGAACAAUUUUUGCAGUGCAACUGUGUGCCAUUUUAGUGGCUCAAAUUUAUACACAUUCCAUUUAUUGAAUAUUCUUGUUCUCGAGACUUUAUAUAUGGAACAUAAUUUAUCCCAUAGAUUGUGCAUUAUUAGUAUUAUUGUUGCUAAGUCUUAUUAUAAUCAUUAUUGUUC